AUGGAGGAGGAUGAAGUUUCAGAGGCUCGCUUAGCUGCACUAUGUAGUAAACUGGGUACUUUAUGGUCAGGAAGCGACUUAGCAGUAAUCGAUGGAGCGGUUUCAAAUGAGAGACUACAAGAAUGCCGGUUGACUAUGCUCGGCCAACUGUUCUCAAAUCCGACCAUUAACUUCCAAGCUUUCCAAAGCACUAUGAAGAAAGCGUGGAGAGUUGACUCAGUGAAUAUUACUCAGGAAGACCAAAGGACUUUUGCUUUCACUUUCAAAACGGAGCUUGAGUUGAAAAGGGUCUUAGAGGCUGGAGCUUGGUCUUUCUCUAACAACCUAGUGGUGCUCAAAACGUAUAUACCGGAUGUCCCACUCCCAAAUUAUGAAUUCACACACUGUGAUUUUUGGGUCCAAGUGCACGGUUUGCCUUUGAAUUGGACCUCGGAGGAAUCCAUCAGGAGAAUCACAGCAGCUGCUAGAUGUGUUUCUGAUGUUAGGACCGACCCAAAGGCUUCACCAAACUUCUCAAAUGGUAAGGCCAAAGUAAAAAUCGACUUAGCAGCCCCUUUGAAGCCCGGAACGAUAGCUAGCCAAGGAGGGAGGAAAUUGUGGGUGGACUUCCGAUACGAGAGGUUACCACAUUUCUGCUAUGCUUGUGGUCGUAUAGGGCACUAUGCUAAGUUCUGCGAAGUCAAGCAUUACGACGAGAACAGGCUUGAAACUGACGAACCCGGAUGCUUUGGACUUUGGCUUCGUGCUGAAUCGAGAGAGUGGAGCCCCCUUUGGAAAUCUUUUUAG